UGUGUGUGUGUGUGUGUGUGUGUGUGUGUUCUUGCAGCUCCUUUGACCGCAAAAUUCUGUGCUUGUCUGUCUGCGCGGUUUGAUCAUCUUGAACUGCAUUCCCCUGGGCAAUCAAAAUGGCUUCGUCCGUCGAUCCUCUGGUGGUGGGUCGCGUGAUCGGCGACGUGGUCGACAUGUUCGUGCCGUGUGUGAACAUGUCCGUGAGCUACGGCUCGAAGCACGUCACCAACGGCUGCGACAUCAAGCCCUCCCUUGCGGUCAACGCCCCCAAGAUCAGCAUCUCUGGCCACCCGGACGAGCUCUACACCUUGGUGAUGGUGGAUCCUGAUGCACCGAGCCCUAGUGAGCCAAGCAUGCGAGAGUGGAUCCACUGGAUCGUGGUCGAUAUCCCUGGAGGCACAAACCCUAACCGAGGGAAAGAGAUACUACCCUAUGUAGGUCCACGCCCUCCGGUGGGGAUCCACCGCUACAUCCUGGUGCUGUUCCAGCAGAAGACUCCCAUCGGCCACAUCGACCACCCCAACUCGCGCGCCAACUUCAACACCCGCCUCUUCGCCGCGCACCUCGACCUCGGCCUCCCCGUGGCGACCGUCUACUUCAACUCCCAGAAGGAGCCCGCCAACCGCCGCCGCUGACGUCCGGGAGGAGCGCAGGGGCAGGCGAGGGAAAAAGCUAAAGGCUUGAUUAGGCGUUGAAACCUUUUAAUGUAUGCCGGGUUUGGUUGCGUAUUAUUGCUAUAUAUAUGUCUAGGCGUCCUUAUUACUAACAAGAAGUGAACGAAGAAGAGAGGGGAGAGAUUAAAUUAUGAUAUUUGAAGCGUGUAUUAAGCAGUGAAGUCUUCUUGCGCUCUAUGAAUGUAGGCAAUUGAGCAAAAAUAGAAGAAUAUA